AUCGUGCUAUUAUGCGACGGCUGUUUAAUUCAUUCCCACAGUGCAUUUCACCUGUCAAUUGAACACAUACAUGUACGUACUGUACAUGUACAUGUACAUUACAUCAAUACAUGUGCUUACUUUGGCGUUGGGGGCGCGAACAACUCCCUGAAAAAGGACAUUGUUAACACCAAUUGCUUCAUUUCAACCAACUCAUCCUGGGUUUGGGCUUUACUCAGACGACUUAACCACGGCUGAUGUGACUUGGACUACCCGCAAUCAUAGAUGCAAAGUGAACCGAUCCGCGUCGUAGAUUUACGGUAUAACCUUAAGCGCCUCCCCGGCUCACUAUCCUCAACGUUUAAAACUGCCUGUUCACUGUCAUCUGUGUUAGUCAACGAAUGCCUGUGCACUCUGCUGCUACCACCGAAGACCGUCAGUCAAGGACUAGAGCUUUCCAAGAGAGAAAAAUGGCUAAAAGAUUCGUUUGGGGAAGUGAGCAGGUAGAGGAAUUUUUCAGCCUUUUGCGCAACUCUUACGGAGACUACCUCAUGGCUAAAGAGCUGCGCCGAAUGGACGAGUUUUAUGAUAUGCUGGGCUCCUGCAUUGGGGCAGAUGGGCUGGUAGUCCAGAACUUCCUCAAGAAGACAGGUAGAGCCUAUCGCGACAUCUUACUGCAAGCUGAGACCUGCGAAGAAGGGGCCAAACCCCCCGAGCGUAAGCUGAGAGGCUCAGUUCGGGUCUACGACCUAUACGAAGAAUACUACCAAAUGUACUACCUCGGUUCAGUCCCCCGGCCACCUGAAGAUGCUGAAGCACCCUCUGCCAGCUUCCAACAGAAACGGGUUACUAGCCAUCAUGAUCGGAAGCGCAAACACUUUGAGGACGCACCGGCGUGCAAGCGACGUAUCCAAACUUCGGCUGCUGAGCUGGACAUCAAGGAAGAGAAUUUCAUUCGUGUGGAUUAUGAAGAAGUUGCUGAUCCUGCGGACGGAGAUCCAGACUCUGGUCCUCAUCUGCAGGCAACUGGAGAGGCAUUGCACCUGUCCGUCGUGGGGGAAGCAUCAGAUGAUGCAACGUGCAAGAGGGCUGUCGUCGAGAAUGGCGUGAAAGUGCCAGAGUGUCCCCAGAGCGUCAGAAGCAAUGCCAAAUCGGGCACGCGACAAGGCCCAGAGGAGCCUGGAUCGGAUGCUGUCUUUGGACCAACCACAGACUUCCAAGAGCGCUUCUUAAAGCUCAUGGAAAACCAGAAUCAUAUCUUGGCCAGUAUUGUCGAUGAACUCAACAUGAUCAAGCAUGCAUUGCUUGAUGCCCAUGGACUGCAAACUAUUACCUAUGUCAAGUAGGCCUACUAUUUAUUCCACAAAAGCAAGGCCAAAUAUUACACAUGACCAGAACGGAUGUUUGGGUAUGAUAUUCAAAGUUUAAGCAAAAUCCACACAAUCUGUAUGUUCAAAAAUGGAGGUUUCAUCCGUGAACUACAGGUGCUAAAAGAAUUUCAGUUGUGCAACAGUGGCUUUAUUUCGUGCUGAGUUUUGCCAUUGAGUCUUACUUAUUUCUACGUGUAUUUCCCCCAAAAAACAGAACACUGUACGUGCAAGCACUAAGGUGGGACACUGCUCCAAUAUACAUGUACAUGUACUUUAUUUCGUCUUUGACAGAAUUCCAUUCGGCCAUUAAGCAAAAAAUAGUGCUCACUAAAUUUUUGUUUACGGCUUGGGAACCAGUCACAGGCAAUAUCUGUCACAGGAAACUUUGGAUGGUAACCCGUUUUACUGAGCAGAGUAACUCCUACCAUGCCUACCCUCACCAAAUCUGUUUAUAUUCUUGAAAUUGGCAACUGAUACAAUGUAUCUGUUAGCCUGGUAGUGCUGACAACUUUAUUGGAAUGGUUUGUUUUAUUUGUUUAUAAUUUAUACAUGUUCUUUAACCUUUUUUUAUAAAUGACAUUGUGGAGAUUGAGUGCAGUAUACAUGUAAGUGUGCUUGCCAUUUGUACCACAAAGAGUGUGCUUAAAUUAAUUGGUUAUUGUAUGCGGGUAAAAGGUAUGUGAAUUGUUUUCAAAAAAUAACUUUCUUGCAAAUGUAGACACCCCUCUGUAAAUUCAUGCACACAUUGACAGUAUAAAGCCCAUUCACCAGAGAUGCAAGGUUUGGUAACGUCUGACAGUUUUGGAAUUCACACCAAAUUUUCCAUAGAUUAAAAUAAAGGUAGUGGAGGUAAUAAAAGUCAAAACUGAUUAAAAUUACGGGAGAAUUUCAAGACCCUUGGUGGCAGCAGACGUACUCUUUUUCCAUUGUUGGUGACAAAUACUAGCUAAUGUGGACAUGCACCAAGUGAUACAAACAGUAGUGGACUGGUUGUGUAUGUUUGCUUCCACCAAGCAUCUCAAACGUCUUGCUUUGAAUCAAAAUAGAUCACGCCCUGAAAUUUUAUACGAACAGCUCUCCUGAAGUUCCAGCGCAUGCACAUGUACACUCCAAAAUCUUAGCUUUCUCAUAUAAAAACUAGCUGGCUUGUUCUCUGUUUUGCAUAGAUCCGGAUUUUGAUCAGUGAUCCAACAUUGGUUCACCUCCACCAGAACCUGCCUAAUGGAUGGAGGAUAGAGCAAGCCAGCCUUGUUGGAUUGCUUAUCAAGACCCAGAUUCAUAUGAAUUAAGCAGGCCCGUGUGAUUCUAGAAGCUUCUCAGUCGUUUGCAUUGUAGUACUGUAUCUGUACUCAGUUGAAACCUCUAUUGGAGUCCAUCGUUAGAAUUGUUAGGAGGUUUGUGUGUACAUGUAUGUAUACGCGACUCUGAGGAAGCAUUAAUUCCUGAAAAUAAUGAGCCACAAAGUUGGCAUUGUUGCCUACAACUGGGGCUGUUCACUGUGCUGGGCUUAUGACAGAAAACACGAGUUGUAGCCACAAUGUAGCCAGUUCAGACAAGACCUGUGAUCUUAUUUUUGUAAUGAAUGAGUGAGUGGCCUAUCAGCUUCAAGUGUACCGGGUGCAUGUAAGAGGGAAGAAAGUGUUUACCCCCUUUGUAAAUGUCUCAAAAGCAUUGAAAAGGUCAGUCAAGAAUGGUCCCUAAAGGCCCUUGUCUAACGGCUAUAGAACGGUGAGAGGCCCCUAUCAGGAGACAAGAGCGUGUACUGUAUUUGUCUGUUUUUUACAUGUAAGUUGUGCAAUUUGAAAUUAGGGCAAUGCCUUUUCUAUUUAUGCCUGAUGCUGUAAAUGUUUGUUUCAUUUCCUCAAAUUCUUAGCAUGUUUUCAUUGACACAGUGUUCUUUGGCUCCAGCCGCUGAGAGCUGCCAUUCUUAUAACUGGUUGAUUUUAAAGGUUUACUCUGGACAAGUUCGAUCAAGGACUAUAGUUGACCAUGGUGAACUAUUUGCCACCAGCCCAUUGAGGUUGGUCGCAUCGUUGUCUACCAUAAACCCUGUUUAAUAGCACAGUGCAGAGAGGACCAGUUGUAAGAAAAAUGCCGGAAUGAACCGUAUGUCACUAGUCAACUACAUGUACCAUUUUAUCCUUUUUUUCUUUUUUGCUAUUUUACCCUCCCUGCAGCUACAUUUUCUCUCCUUCGGCCAAAUGACCUGACAACGGUUGACUAAGGUACAGUGCAGUUUCCACUUCAAUUUCACUGCACAUGCAUGAGGCCAACCACCAGUUAACUAGUGGUCCUCAAUCGAACUUGCCCUGUGAUUUAGCUAUGGAAAGGUUGAACUGAUAGAAUGGACAGCAUAAUUGAUGUGUACUAUGUACAUAUAUGUGUACAGUACAUAUUCUGGUAUGCCAAACUGUACAUAGUUUACAUACUGUACAUGGUACAUGUAUUGUGUUUAUAAGUACUAUCCAGUAGUAGCAUCUGGUGUUUAGCAGAAAAUGAACGUAAUGGAAAUAUUGUGCUGAGUGGACAUGACCUGUUGUGUACAUUGAAUUGAAAAAUUGACUGAAGCAGGAUUCGAACUUGAAACCUUUGAAAUACUGAACUCGUGCCCUACCCAGCCUGGUAGGCCAGUGGUCUCCAGUUUCUUCAGCCUGUUUGUCUGCAACCAAUGAGUCACAUGACAGAGGCAGUAGGCCCAUAGUGAGACACUCAAGGGCAGAUCUCAAACCAAUUUUUUUUGGGGGGGGGUGUUUUUGAGGUCCAAUUUUUGGAAUUUUUUUUUUUCAAGUAAACUUUUUUGGCCUCUCUGGAAGGUAGAGCUGCCUGUACAUGUUGGGACUCUUUACACACUUAUGGAAGGGUAGGAAAUAGACCCCCCAAGUUGCCCUUCUUUGAUUCAUUUUUUGGUUUAAUUUGUUUGGCUCCUGGGAGGACAUACCCCCAUUGCUCCGCCCCUCCCUGAUCUGCCCUUGCACAUACAUGUACAUUGCGCUGUGCAUGCUUGCCUUGCGGCCAGCGUACAUGCUGGGUCCAUGGGCAGGAGCCAGAUGUGCACCCAAGAAACCGAGGAAAUGCUUCGUUUUUCGGUUCAUUUUGCUUUUCCUAGUUGUUCUUCAGGCUUGAAAUUUUCUAGGGUUGAGGCCCAAUUUUUGGCAUCAUCAAACUCUCCUGGCUUUGCAAACCAACAAAGCAAUCAUGUCACAGUUUAACUUGAUAUUUACAUAUUAACUACGUGUAAAUGUACCCUUGAUAAUUUUGAGGUACUGGUCUACAUUGUACCCAAUUUGCUCAAAAUGUACACACCAAAAUCAAAACAUUAGAACAGCAAAUCACGCAGCUGUAGCCUAGAGAUCAACACAUUUUGGAGACUACUGUUGCGUGGAAGUUUGUGGAUAGAUCACUGGUGCAGCAUUCUAGAGGUGGCACGUUUGAACCCUACUUCUGCAGAUUCUCUUUGUUCAACCGAACAAGAAAAGGUCAAUAAAACUUGCAAACUAACAA